AUGGUGCCUCCUUAUACAGCGGAAGAGAAGCAAUGGCUUCGAGUCCAUUUCGACGGCGAGUUCAAGUUUCUUAUGGCCUACGGCCUCAGCAUCUACGACGAGGAUGAACGCGCCGAGGGAAGACUUAUUGCACGCGCGAUGAUGGCGAAUGAUGGGUGA